AUGGCUUUCGCUGGCGCAUCUCUCGUCGCCAACGGCAUGCUGUGCGCCUCCACCAAGUCGGCCGUCGACUCCGGCGCCGACAGCGGGUAUCACUUGCUAGUUGUCGAAGGCUACUCGCGCACUAAAGAGACAACUCCCAACGGCAAGUGGAUCGGGUCUCGUCCUUUCAUUGUUGGAGGCCGUCGCUGGACCAUCGACUACAGCCCUAAUGGCGAUAACUCGGAAGAUGAAGAAUUUAUAUCGGUUUUGCUUGUCCUUGACGAGGACAUCAAGCAGAGCGUGAAGGUUCAGUAUGUCUUAAGUUUCAUCGACCAGCCUGAGUUGCGGGUGCCAAAGCACAUACGCCAAAGUGAACCAGUUUGCUUCUACAAACAAUGUGAUGUUCAUGGCCAGUUUAGAUUCAUGAAAAGGGAGGUUUUUGAAAGAUCAAAACAUCUCAAGAACGACGGCUUCGUCCUCCGGUGCGACCUUGUUGUCCUGAUGUCGGAUGGGGAUACCGAGGAGCAGGGCGCCGGCACCAACGCUCUUCCGUUCAAUGAACUGUCACCACCGUCCGACUUGCAGAGCCAUUUUGGCGAUCUCCUCCUGAGCAAGGAGGGUGCUGACAUUACGUUUGAGGUUGGCGGCGACAAGUUUGCUGCACACCGGUGCGUGCUUGCAGCCCGAUCCGCCGUCUUCAAGGCACAGCUCUCUGGUGCCAAGGAUAAAUCGAGUGUCGUCAAGAUAAGCGACAUCAAAGCCGACGUCUUCGCGGGCUUGCUUACUUUCAUCUACACUGAUGCAGUGCCCGAAUUUGUUGACAUGGAAGCAGACGAUGACGAUGAUGAAGUUAUAUAUGCAACUCGGCUGCUGCAGUUCCUCGAAGCUGCGGAAAGAUAUGAUCUCCAGAGGCUCAAAUCGAUCUGUGAAGAGAAGUUGGCCGGUUUCAUAUGCGCAAAAACUGUGGCAGACAUCAUUGUCGUGGCUGAGCAGAGACAGUGCUGUGGGUUGAAGAAGGCCUGCUUGGAGUUCAUCAAAGCCGACCCAAGUUUACACGCAGCUUUCGCGGCUGGUGGCCUGGGGCAGAUAACCGGGACCCGUAGUCCCUCCCUUCUCAAGCGGCUGCUCUCCAAGUUCGGUUUGCUGAAACUCUAA